AUGACCAGACCAGACAUCAGCUUCAAUGUCAACAAACUCUGUCAGUUUAUGCAUGCCUCAACCUUUUCACAUUUUCAAGCAGCAAAACGUCUUCUUCGCUACCUUAAAGGCACGGUUAAUCAUGGUAUUCUUCUGACCAAAUCCUAUGUUUUGGCCUUAACUUGCUACACCAAUGCCGAUUGGACCAGCUACCUGGAUGAUAGACGAAGCACAAGUGGGUUCUAUCUCUUCCUAGGUUCCAACCUCAUCUCAUGGAGCUUCUCCAAGCAAAAAGUAGUCUCUCGUUCCAGUGCCAAAUCAGAAUAUCGUGGCCUUUCCAAUGCUGCCGCUGAGGUCCUCUAG